CUCCAAGAACCGAAGAUGUUGCAGCGCAUCUCGACCAAGACGCCCGCGGCCUCGCUCCGCUCGCUCGUCGCGCCCGCCAGCGCGGCCCGCCCGUUCUCGUCGGCGGCGGAAUCCAAGGACGACUUGACCGAGUCACUGCAGUCGCUUCAGAAGGAGACCGCGGCCAAGACGGUCCCGUGGUUCCUCGAGAACAUGCCGGCGGCCUACUUCCGCGCCAUCACGAAGGAAGACCGCCUGCACCACUUGAACGCGAUCACGUCGCUCGUGAACGCGCAGCAGCCCGAGAUCCUCUUGAGCUCGCCGGACAAGAAGGUCUACUCGUACAUCCGCACGGGCGAGCAGUACCCGGGCUUGCUCUCCAAGAUCAUUGAGCAGCUCCCGAACGACCCGUCGGUCGGCCAGCUCGCGCGCGUCAAGAUCUUUUCGUCGCUCGACGACACGUUGGCGCUCGACGUGUUCCGCUUCGGUCGCCAGGAGCCGUUCCGCAACGCGACGCCCGAGGAGAAGGCGGCGCUCUCGUCGCUCCAGGCCUUCUGCAAGGAGAUCCAGGACGGCAAGCACAAGGGCGACGAAGGUAUCCCCGCGGCUGCCCACUACUUUGAGCCCGCUGCCGUCGAAGAGUUUGCCUCGAUGUGCAACACCAUGUACAUCCAGUACAGCAACCCGCGCCGCCUUGCGUCGCAGAUUGCGCUCUUCAACCGCGUCCGUGGCACGGAAGGCGUCGUCGUCGACGUCGAGCACGGCUGGGAGCACAAGGACAAGGAGAACAAGCUCGCGGGUGGCCAGGUGCCCCAGACGAUGCUCACGAUGGCGUGCUCGAACGUGCUCACCAAGCACACGCUCCAGCGUGCGGCCACGUACUUGAGCUUGAAGAACCUCAACAUUCGCCGCGCCCACUUGGACGUCGUCGACGACCGCAAGUCGGGCAACGGCACGGUCUCGAUGGUCCGCAUCCUUGUCUCGCCCAGCGAAGAGGACCACCGCGCCAACGUCAAGCUCGACUGGAAGGAGAUCGCGGCCGACCUCAAGUACCUCAAGUGGCUCGACGACCGCCCGCUCAACAUGGCGCUCAAGCACAAGAACGUCUCGAUCUCGCAUGCCGAGAUCAUUACGACGUACGCCCACAUGCUCCACGGUAUGCUCGCCAAGGUCGACCCGUACGCCUACUCGCUCCCGCGCAUCCUCGAGGUGCUCAACCAGCCGCAGCACGUCGGUCUCGCCGCGCAGAUCGCCGACCUCUUCCUCGAGCGCUUCGACCCGAACGCCCCGAAGAAGAUGUCGUCGGACGAGUUCAACGCGCGCCGCGAGGCCAUCAAGAUUGAUAUCCGCCGCAACGUCGAGGCCGAAGACACGAUCCGCCUCCUCAACACGAUGGUCGACGCCGUGGGCGCCACGCUCCGCACGAACCGCUACGUCAAGCACCGGUAUGCGCUUGCGCUCCGCAUGGACCCGUCGGUCCUCGGCUACGGUACCGUCGGCAAGGAGUCGCCGUACGGUGUCUUCUUCAUCAACGGCCGCAAGUUCAAGGGCUUCCACGUCCGCUUCCGCGACAUUGCCCGCGGUGGUCUCCGCGUCGUCUCGCCGCCGUCGGCUGAUGCGCAUGCGCUCGAGAGCGCGCGCCAGUACAACGAAGCGUACAACCUCGCUUUCGCCCAGCAGCUCAAGAACAAGGACAUCCCCGAAGGUGGCUCCAAGGCCGUCGUGCUCGUCGAACCGCAUGUGUACAACGACCCGGUGACCAAGAACUUCAUCAUCCGCAAGAGCGUCAAGGCCUUCUCGGAUGCGCUCCUCGAUCUCAACACGACGGACGAGGCGGUCAAGAGCCAGGUGGUCGACUUCUACGGCAAGGACGAGCUCAUCUACCUCGGCCCUGAUGAGAACAUCAUCCCGGACGACAUUACGUGGAUGACCAAGCGCGCUGCGUACCGUGGGUACCCGAUCCCGCGUGCGUUCAUCUCGUCCAAGCCCGACGUCGGUAUCAACCACAAGGUGUACGGUGUCACGUCGGAGGGCGUUGCUGUCUUUGCCGACGUGGCGCUUCGCUCGCAGAACAUUGACCCGAAGAAGCAGCCGUUCACGGUCAAGAUCACGGGCGGCACGGACGGUGAUGUGGCUGGCAACAUCAUCAAGAUCCUCGCCCGCGACUACGGCACCAACUUCCGCGUCGUCGGUAUCUGCGACGGCACGGCGACGGUCGAGUCGCCGGAAGGCAUUGACAUGGACGAGCUCCUCCGCCUCGUCGACGAGUCGCUGCCGCUCUCCAAGUUUGAUGCGUCCAAGAAGGGCGACGUCAUCCUUGCGGACACGCCGGAAGGCAUCCGUGCGCGCAACUCGCUCCACAACCGCGUCAAGUCGGACCUCUUCAUCCCUGCCGGUGGUCGCCCCAACACGAUCAACGAGCACAACUGGCGCGAGUACCUCGACCCGGCGACCGGCAAGGCGUCGUCGCCGUUGAUUGUUGAGGGCGCCAACCUCUUUACGACGCCGGAAGCUCGCCAGGCGCUCUUUGACAACGCCGGUGUUGUCAUUGUCAAGGACUCGUCGGCCAACAAGUGCGGUGUCAUUUGCUCGUCGUACGAGAUUGUCUCGUCGAUGCUCCUCGAGCCCCAGGAGUUCCUCGACAUCAAGGACGAGCUCGUCGACGAUGUCGUCAAGAAGCUGCGUCAGCUCGCACUCGUCGAAGCCGAGCUGCUCUUCCGCGAGUACAAGCAAAACCCGAACGCCGCGCUCCCGCCGUCGUCGGAGCGCAUCUCGCGCGCGAUCACGCGCCUCCACGACUCGAUCUUGGCCAACUUUGACAACAUCGCCGAGGACAACCGCGAGCUCCUCGACUCGCUCAUCGCCGAGCACUUGCCGGCCAAGCUCCGCGCGGUCGCCCUCGACCGCGUCAACGCCCAGGUGCCGCUUGCGUACAUCAAGUGCAUCGUCGCCGCCGGUCUUGCCAGCAAGAUUGUGUACCGCGAAGGCCUCCAGUACGUCGAGACGCUUCCGGAGAGCAACCUCGCCAACAUUGCCGUCUCGUACCUCAAGCAGGAGAAGAAGGUGCAGGCGCUUGUCGGCGAGCUCGGCGCGUCCAACCUCGCCCACCGCGAAGAGAUGGCCGACCUCCUCAUCCGUGGCGGUGUCCGCGCCGGUGUCGCGACCUUGUAAGGUCGCCUUUGGAAAUUACGACGCUUAGUAAUAUAUGGAUAUAUAGGUUUC